AUGACCAUCCCGGAACUGACCAGGAAUUGCUUUCAAAGCGGAAUUUCGGCUGUUAAAUGGGCCAAGCUUUGCAAAUUGUUCAUAUCAAAAAGUUCUUCUGAUCAGAGUUCAGAGGCCAUUGAAAACUCCAUAAGCAAUUCUGUUCUUGUCUUGUACCGGUCUUAUCCUGGAGACCCUGCUCUUCAUGAGUAUCUCAAAUAUGCAUUGAAUGAUGGAAUGAUAUCCCUUGCAGUUUUCAUAGCAACAUUACUUCAGGCUGCGCGCAAUCCCGAACUCCAUAAUGCUGCCACAUUGGACAUGCUCUGUCGAAUUGCUCUGGACGCUCAUUAUUCAUCUGGGCAACCCAAUCCCAUUGGUUCUGUUGUAGCAUUCGACGAAUCACCCAUUGUCGUUCUCGGAGUCGUACAAGAUGCUCUGCAACUACUGGAAAUAGCUCAUACCCUUCCAGUAUCGCAUUUCCACCAACUCACUACCUCGUCGUCUGAAUUAUUAAUCCGCAAGUCAUUUCCGUUUGCCUCUGACCCGCCCUCUCAUCUUCUUUUGUCAUGCAAUCCAGAUAUGACGCAGAUAUCUACGACUCAAGCAGCUGUCCAUUAUCAAACUGUAAAUGACCUGCUACUGAACUUUCAACUCUUGCCAGGCUUGAGGGAAGUUCUAGAGCACUUUGAGAGGCAACUUAGAAAGCUGAUGGGAGAUGACGCCAAACUCGCUCGGGAAGCACAGAUGAUGCAUACGAUGCAAUUAACCCUCGGAAGGGGCGAUAUUGUCGGCUCAAGCUCAAACAGUGAUCUUGUUUCGCUCAGCUUGACCCUCCACACUCUUAUCAAUUUCAGAGCCGGAGAUUUUGGCGCAGCGAACUUGCAAUACUGUGCAGCACUCUUGGUCGGUUUAUUUAGAUGGUCGUCUUGGUCACCAACCGUGUUUUACACCCAAUUGUUACUGUGUGCUUUCGUGUGUCUUUCACAAAGCUCCACUGUCCCGACUACGACGUGGAAAACCUUCAUCGUUGGGCGGCUUCCUCAGCUACUGGUGGCUUUCGAAAAGUGUAUCAACACAGAAAAUCCCAGUUCCGAAUCUGACUGGAAACAUGCCAUGCAAAACGCACUAUUCAUCGUGCUUCGACGCAAUGAUGUUUUGAGUGUUUGUGACUCUAUGAUAGCUCAAGCAGAAGGAAAUUCUAGUCCUCCAUCACAACCUCUCGGUCGGUGUCUCCUCAAGGAAUUACUUGUCCAUGGGCUUUUAGAGCAAAGGGUUGCGGUGACUUUUGACCACGGAAUUGCGAACGACAAUACACCUAGUUUGAGAUCGGAAGCCCAGGACGCUGGAAUGACGCUGGAGACAUAUUUGGAAACUAAACUUUCAGGCGAAGGCGACGAGCCUCGGACGUUGCUAAGUCGCAUCCGACGCGAACCUGGCAGUCAUAUAGCAUUUGGUGAUUUCGUAAAGCAACGUUUCGCCGACGCAACGAGCCAACUCGAUAUCGAGGCCAUGGGUCAUAUAUGCAAACUUCUGUACCAUGAUCAGGCCUUGGACGCGCUGUCUCUACACAUUAAGACCUCGGAACUGGUGGCGUACGCGUUGCAAUUUUUCGAGUUGUACACCUGCGAAACUGUUGGUGACCCACAGACUGCACUUAGUCACAUCGGUGACGUGGUUAUGUUUUUACAAUCAGUGCUUGCGCGGUUUAAUUUUCAAUCGAACACAUUCUCUGUGGAUGGCAAGACUACGUCUUCGGAAUUCCUCAAAUUAACUGCAGAGGUGUAUCACUACAAUUCAUUGACAGGAGGAGAUCUUACAAUCUUCAAUGCUUGGUUGAAAGCACUAUUCGAGAGCGAAGGUAUUGAAGACACGACUUCGACCAGUUCUACGCAACCCAAAACUUUACUCCGCGUUGCCGCGUCUCUCGUCUUACACGCCAUUGGAUCAACAGUCGAAGGGAAAAUGAACAUGGACACGCUGAGAAAUGGUGUCAUGUACUUUACCGAUCCUCUGCUCAACUGGACGUUGGUGGGCGUUAUAAAGGCUUUGCUUCAAGAGAUUCACCAAAAAAGAUUCAACGCACCCAUUCAUCUUGAAGUUCUCCAAACUCUCCUCCUGUCUCCGUCAUGUCCGCGUCUAGUCUUAACACUAUGCGGACCCCGCGUGAUGUCUCUUCUGGCCAAUCGUGCGCGAAAGGAGCCUAUAGCUUCGGCGACUUUCAAUAGUGAAGAUCUUCAGCGUGUUCUCACAACAGCUUUGGGGGCUCGUGAAGAAGGUCCGACUCCUCUACGCUCUCGAAUACGAAGUGCUAUCACAAUGGGUCCUCGUGUAUCAUGGCAAGAAUAUCCUCGACAAGCCAUACAAACAGCGUUGAAUAUGGCUCGCACAAACAAGCUUCCUUCGAUUGACGUUGAACGCUGCUUGAAGGUCGUGUCACCUUCCAAAUUCCUACAAGUUCUCUGGUCAGAACUUGUUGUGGUGGCCAAUGUACCUUCAGAGAUCGAACAUAGCAGGCGGCUUGCAGUGUUUAUUCUCACCGCGCCACGCCCUCCAACUACGCCUCCGCUGCUUCCCAUAUUUUUGCACAACAUCGUGCCCUCCCUUAUCAUCCACAUCGACAGUCAGCCAGAACAGACCAUGACUAUGAGUGCGGAACUGUUGGUUGCGCUUGUUUCGUCGGUGCUGACCGCUGUGAUGCACUUGGAGUUGGCGAUGCAAAGCGCAACCGUCAAAGUUCAACCGGUUUUCGGACAAACCAGUUCUGCAAUGGCUCGCCGCUUAGUAUCUGACCUUCGCACACGCAAGUUCAGUUACACUGGUAGUACAUUAGCACAAAGAUUGAGUUCUUCACAAUCAUUCCUAGCUAAUUUUCCUGUCUUCAUGGAGUUGGGGACAUGA